GCCAAACGGACAGCCACAGAACAGGUGCACGUCAACCAGGCCGUAGUUCUGACGGAAAGACGCCUGGGUUUCCUGGAGCAUCUGCGUGCCGAGAGCAUGGAGCUACUGCGCCUGGCUACCGGGCUGACUGAUGACCUGGCAAAGAGUGUCUGCGAGUUCAACAGUUCCUGGAAGAAAUACAGUCGCCUUUCGGAGGACUGCAAACAGAAGAUGGCUCUCAUCCAAAAUCAGACGGAAACACUGAAGGCGCUGGAGGUGGAUUUUUAA